AUGGCAAAUUCUUCUUCGACAGAUGAACGAGUGGACUUCACGUUUUAUGUUCCUAAGGCUAAACGUCUAAUUCCCUUACGCUUAUCGAGUAACUCCCUGGAAGACUUCAAAAGAGCACUAAACGAGGCAAACUGCGUCGACGAUUUUCGAGAAGAGGUAGAAAGAACUUUCAGCCAAAGCUAUUGCGUAGUGCUGAUUACCGAACAACAACUGAGGCGAGACAGCUCGAUAGAAACAUGUGUUUACCAGCAGAGUUGCAAUGAUGGCCUUACAACCACAGGCGUCGGUACCGAAUCCUCUAUUAAUAACGAUUUGCCACAGGUGAUUGUUCAUGAACCUCAAGAGGGUGAUCAUGACCCACUUGUAGUGCCAAGAUUAAGCCUAAAAGAUUUUGUUCUCUAUACUUACAUGUGGUCGACAUUUCAGUGGAUAGAGCCUAGAGAAAGCGGAAGUUAUGCUAGUGGAUUGUCGUUUCUGUUCUUCAAGACUAUGAGAGUCACCGUCGCCUUAAGUUUAUGGGCUGUAAUGGCGUUUGAGAUAUUCAACCUUAUUAACGGUUUACCAUCCCUUUUGUCAAAUGAAGGUAAAUUUACAGCGGCAGUGGCCGUUAUGCAUCGCUUAUUAUGGACCUUACGUUACGUCAUAUUACAUCAUCUGGGAGUAUACUUUUUUCAAGUUCAUCGAGGACAUAUAAAUGACGUCUUAAAUAACAGUGCCCGUAUUUCCCUCAUUCAAUGGAGGAAAUCGCACCGGCUCAUUCGGGAUCUCAUGGCAGCUACGGCGUUUUUUCUCGUUAUCCUGCCAUUGCUUCAGAAGUUGAUUCCAAUCUUUAUAGAACACGCUAAAAGGGUUCCGAGAAAUUGGGAUGUUACCGUGGAAACGGUGGAAUUCUUUGUUCUUGUUUACAGUCGAUUUAUGGCCAUGCCGAUAUUUUUCUUUCUAAUUCUCGUUGUUCAAAUUCACAUCCUGGAACUGAAGGACUUCCAAGAACAGAUACAGCAAAGUGACAUAACUCUAACGGAACUUCUCAGAAAUUACAAUGCGAUGACCACAAGGAUUCAAAAUUCUUCGCGAGCUUUUCAGCCGUAUUUGAUGGGGCUUUUGUUCCUGUUGGUGCUUUGGGGGACAAUAAGUGUUUACUCCAGUGUGGAAAUGUUCCAGCAUAUCCCACCAACAAACAACAUAUUCUAUGGUGUUAUCCUCUCAGAGUGUCUGGGGACAUUCCUUGUUUUUCUAUGUGAAACUGUGUUUCUAUUCUCCCUCCCGUUGUAUAAAUCAGGUCAAAUAAGCUCACAGCUCAGCCGUUUGAUAUUCACCGUAACCACUCUCGACAGCGAGGAUCAGCGCCGAAUGGGAUUUGCGUUAAAUACAGAACAAAAAAUAGGUCUGUUUGCUGGUCUGUUAGAAAGGCACCAGAGAUAUGGAAACGUUGGGUUCAAAGUUGCUGGUCUUCAUAUAACACAACUAAAAUCUGUCUGGCUGACUCUUCUUGGUCCCGUUAUUGUCUUCGUAGGAAAUUUUUUGCUUAAGGAACACUUUUAG